AUGACGUCUCCCGCCAGCUCAUCCAGCGACCGCUCCACUUCGCCUUCGCUUGAUGCGGACACAACCACAACCCCCUCGGAAACCGGCUCGGUUGAACAUGCUUCCGUGGACCAGCUGCUGCUCAACGACGUCUGCAAGUCGAGCCGUGUCGCUCCACAGCGUGUCCUUGGCGUGGCGUGGGCGCUGGUCUUGCGUUGCUACAGCGGCGCCGAUCACGUGCAGUUCCAACUGCAGGGCGAGAGCCUCUCGACAGUCCAAGUGGCCUUGGAUGCUCAAGACUCGCUGAACGACCUCCUGUGCCGUGAUGGCUUGCUUGGCGCUGCAGCAGAACAGAUUGAAGGGGGCGACUGCUGGAGCCGCACCCUUGUCGACAUGCGCCCAGCAUCAUCGACGGAUGACAUAAUCUGCAGGCCGUCACUGGAGACGCCGCCUGAACUGGUCCUUCGCGUCCCGGAGGACCUGUCUGAGCCCUGCCUGCAGUACUCCAGCACUAAAAUCGCGCCCUCGCGCGCGUACAGCAUAUGCAGGACCCUGGAGCAGGUAUUAAAAAGUAUUCUGGCCGACAGGGAGCAGAAAGUCGGCGCAAUGAGCUUCCUGAGCGACGCUGAUCGCAGCAAAAUCGCGGCCUGGAACCGCGAAGAACCAGCAGCAACGCGAGCCUGCAUCCACCAGCUGGUUGACCGGCAGACUGAACUACAGACUAACAAGGAGGCAAUAUGCGCGUGGGACGGCAGCAUGACCUACGGCGAGCUCGACCGUCUCUCGUCAGCAUUAGCCUCAAAACUCGUCGACACGGGCCUGCAGCGGGGUGACGUGGUCCCGGUCUGCUUCGAAAAGUCUUGCUGGGUCAUCGUGGCCAUGCUGGGCGUGUUCAAGGCCGGCGGAGCAUUCACCCUGAUGGAUCCCUCCCACCCCAAGGCGAGGCUUGCAGGCAUCGCCGCCGAAGUCAAUGCCCGGAUCGCAGUGACGUCUGUGGCAAACGAGCAUCUGCUGGUAGAAGCGGUCGAGCAAGUCAUCGUGCUCGGCCCGCACGUUCUCGACGACGACGACGACAGCGCUUCGCCACGGCAACGCUGGACCAUCGCCGGCCCCUCGGACCUCGCCUUCGUCAUCUUCACGUCCGGCUCAACGGGCAAGCCGAAGGGCAUCAUGAUGGACCACCAAGCAUACGCCUCGUCAGCCAUGCACCACGGCACAGCCAUGCGCAUGGGCGCCCACACGCGCGCGCUGCAAUUCGCGUCAUACAGCUUCGGCGCCAGCCUCUUCGAGACGCUGACGACGCUCAUCUUCGGCGGCACCGUGUGCAUCCCCAGCGAGCACGAGCGCCGCAACGACCUGCCGGGCGUCGUCGAGCGCAUGCGCGUGACCUGGGCCUUCCUGACGCCGUCGGUGCUGAAGCCGUUCGACCCGGCGUCAGCAUUUCCAGGGCUCGACACGCUGGUCCUGGCUGGCGAGGCCAUGCCGCGCGACCAGGCGCAGCGGUGGUCGGCGCGCGUGCGCCUCGUGCAGUGCUACGGGUCGAGCGAGACCAACAUCAUCCUCUUCGACAACCGCGGCCGCGGCGAGAACCUGGGCUUCGCCGCCGGCGCGCGCGCCUGGCUCGUCGACCCCAGGAACGACCAGGCGCUGGUCCCCGUCGGGGCGGUCGGCGAGCUGGUCGUGCAGGGCCCGACGGUGGCGCGCGGCUACCUCAACGACGCCGAGAAGACGGCGGCCACGUUCGUCUCGGCGCCGCCGGCGUGGCUGCGCGAGCUCGGACUCGAGAUAGAAGGCGCGCCGCGCAUGGUCAAGACGGGAGACUUGAUGCGGUACGAGGCCGACGGCAGCCUCGUCUUCGUCGGCCGCAAGGACUUGCAGGUCAAGAUCAGGGGCCAGCGCGUCGAGCUGGCCGAGAUCGAGCGUGCCGUCUGGGCCGCCGACCCGCUCGUCAAGCACGUCGUGGUGACCGUCCCGCGUGUUGGCCCAGCUCGGGGCCGGCUGGUCGCUGCCGUCUGCUUCCACCAAGAGCAGCAGCAGUCUUCUCAGCAUCAGACGCCGCCAUUCCAGCUGAUCAGCCGCCAAGAGGAUGAGGAGGCUCACUGCCUGGUGCAGAGGGUCAAAGAGACGCUGGCCGAGCGGCUUCCUUCCUACAUGGUGCCGCCGACGUGGGGCCUUUUCACAGCUCUUCCCCUGACGUUGUCGGGCAAGGUGGACAGAGUCAGCGUUCGGCAGUGGGCCGAGGAGCUGAGCAGCACCGAGCUUGAUCUUUUGACGCUAUCUCUUGAUGAAUUCUCUUCUGUCUCUACGUUUGAUAGACCAGCAUCUCAGCAGGAAAGUGUCCUGAGGGAGCUGUGGGGAAAGGCCCUCGACGGCGAUCCAGAGCGCAUGCCGCUCAACCGGUCUUUCCUCAGCCUCGGCGGAGACUCCAUCUCAGCCAUGACGCUCGUGUCGCUCUACAAGGGAAGGGGGCUCUCUCUGACAGUGCAGGAGCUGUUCGUCGGCAUGACCAUUGAACGUUCAGCGCAGGCGCUGCCGGAUGACUUUUUGCAGGAUAGCGCUCGCGCGGCCGGACCAACAUCAUACCUUCCGUUCUCCCUUUUGUCAUCCCAGGUGCUAGAAGAGGCGGUCGCAACGCUGCAGGCCGUGGGCAUCCAGAGCUUGGAUGAGCUCGAGGACUUGCACCCGUGCUCGCAGGUGCAGCAUGGAAUGUUGCUGGGUUCGGAGAAGAUGGCAGGAUCCUACCAGUUCCGCAACGUCUGGGAACUUACCCCGCGGCAGCGUUCGUCGCCUAUCACUUUAUCCGAAAUCAAACAAGCUUGGAGCCUUGUUGCGCAACGGCAUUCGGCCCUCCGCUCCGUGCUCAUUGAGUGCGCCUCGGAGGACUGGCUCUACCUCCAGGCUGUCCUGAAGCAGGUGCCAGACACCAUAGCGUUUGUCGAGAAAGACGGCGACGAGCUUCCCGAAGGCCAAUUACCUUGCUUGGCCGUCGUUUCCAGCUCGACUGCCAAAGUCCCGUACGAGAUUACUGCCUACCACACUUCCUCGGAUCGUUGGUAUCUGCAGCUCGAUAUCCACCACGCCGUCAUGGAUGCAGCAUCGCUGCAGACGUUGCAGCGUGACUUCGUCAUGGCACUCGACCAACAUGCGUGGUCAAGCCCGGCUUCUCCCUUCGGAGCCUACGUGGCCCACACUCGCAGCCUCGAUUCGAGCGACGGUCUAGAGCACUGGAAGAGCUAUCUGGACGGCUGCAACCCCUGCUACUUUCCGCUGGACCUCGAGAAAGCGGGCGAGCCAAACGCCCUUCGAUCGUUCACGGUUGACCUGGGCGACGCGGCGCCGAGGAUUCUGUCUUUCUGCAAGGCGAACGGCUACACGGUCAACACACUGUUCCAAACCAUCUGGGCUCUGAUGCUACGAUACUACACCGACAUGGGAUCCACAUGCUUUGGAUACAUGGUCACGGACAGGAGCAUCCCGGUUGAAGGGGCUGCCGAAAUCGUUGGCCCGCUGAUGACCAUGUCAGUGUGCCAUCUCGCAGUCGACGACACGGCAACCAUGAAGGACCUGCUUGACACGGUUCAGAAAGACUUUUUGGAAUGCCUCAGCUACCGCAACUGCUCUCUUGCCGAGAUCCAGCACGUCCUGGGGCUCUCUGGACAAGCCCUGUUCAACACGAUGGUCACGACGGGGAAAUCCCUGACAAGUUGGAAGGAAGCAGCUGCCGGCGUCGAUUUGCGAGUUGCCAGUACUCACAACCCCACCGAGUACGAUCUUACCUUGAACGUCGAGCAGGAGGAUGACGAGGUGAUUGUAAUCCUCAACCACUGGGCUCCCAGAGUGUCGGUGCAGCAAGCGAACAGCGUCGCCGGUGCCCUGAGCGAGAUGCUCUCCAGGACGCUCGACCGCCUCGACCAACCUGUGAAAGACAUGGCAUUGCUAGGCGAAGGCGAUUGGCAGACGAUCCUCGGCUGGAAUGCUCACUACCCAGAGAAGCUCGAUGUUUGCGUGCACGACUUGGUUUCCGAACAGGUCUUGCUGCGGCCGGAAGCCCAGGCAGUGCGGGGAUGGGAUGCUGACCUCAGCUACAAAGAGCUUGACGACCGCUCUAACGCGCUGGCGCUGCGCCUUCAGGCACUCGGCGUUGGUCCUGAGACACUGGUGCCGCUGUGCUUCGAGAAGUCGGCGUACGUGGUGGUUGCAAUGCUGGCCGUGUUGAAAGCGGGCGGAGCGUGCGUGGCGCUCGAUCCGUCGCAUCCCAAAGCACGACUAGUCGAGAUCCUGCACUCAAUCCGCGCGAACCUGAUAGUCACUUCCAGCAAGAUGGCGUCCUUCCUCAGCGACCAGGUCUCGACAGUGGUCGUCGUCGACGCGGAGCACCUGGACGAGCUCUCUUCCCAAGGCGGUCCUCUGCGCUCUCAGGCGCAGCCCUCGAACGUCGCCUUCGUCGUCUUCACCUCGGGAAGCACGGGGAAGCCUAAGGGCAUCGUUCUCCAGCACGACGCAAUCGCCACCAGUGCCAGGGCGCACGGCGAGGUCAUGAGCGUUGGUCCCGCCUCCCGCGUCAUGCAAUUUGCCGCAUACAUGUUCGACGUCAGCAUCGAGGACAUCUUCACGACGCUGAUGCGCGGGGGCUGCGUGUGCAUCCCAUCCGAAGAGGACAGACUCAACGACCUAGCGGGAGCGUUCGGGCGGCUCGGGGCGAACUGGGCGUGCCUGACGCCGACGGUGGCCAGCCUGCUCGAGCCGGCCAAGAUUCUGGGCUUGCGGCACCUCUGCCUGGGCGGCGAGCCGGUGCGGCGCGAGACGAUUGAAAAAUGGGCGCCCAACACGUGCCUGAACAUCCUGUACGGGCCGGCCGAGUGCUCCAUGACCAUGUCGUGCCGGCCCGGCGUCGCCGUCGACGCGCACCCGGCCAACUUCGGCCACCAGGUCGGCGCCCUGACGUGGAUCGUCGACGAGAGCGACCACGACCGCCUGCUGCCCGUCGGCUGCCCCGGCGAGCUGCUCAUCGAAGGCCCCAUCCUCGCCCGCGAGUACCUCGGCGACGAGGAGAAGACGGCGGCGGCCUUCGUCGUCAAUCCCAAGUGGGCAAUCACUGAAGAAAAUGGACAGCCGCGCCGCAUGUACAAGACGGGCGACAUCGUGCGCUACAACGCCGACGACGGGUCCAUCAGCUUCGUGCGGCGCAAGGACAACCAGGUCAAGCUGCACGGGCAGCGCAUCGAGCUGGGCGAGAUCGAGCACAACCUGUGGAACGACGAGCGCGUGCGCCACGCCGUCGUGCUGCUGCCCAAGCAAGGCGCCUGCGCCGGCAAGCUGGUGUGCGUACUCUCACUCAAGGCCAUCGACCCGGCCGGCCGCACCACGGGCACCGCCAUGCGCGUGCUGACGCCCACCGACAGCCCCGCCGUGGCCGAGGCGCUCCCGCAGGUCCAGGCGCGCCUGGCGGGACUGGUGCCGAAGUACAUGGUGCCGGCCGUGUGGGUGGUGCUGGAACAAGUGCCGCUGAACAAGUCGGUCAAGAUGGACCGCGCGAGGGUGCGGGCGUGGGUCGAGGAGCUGGCCGACGACACCUUCCGCGCCCUCGCCGCCGCCGACCUCGACGACGAGGCAGUCCACGCGCCCGCCUCGGACAUGGAGCGCCGCCUGCAGGCCGUGUGGGCCACAGUGCUGGGCAAGCCGGCGGCCGAGCGCGUCUCGCUGGGCCGCCCGUUCCUGCGCCUCGGCGGCGACUCCAUCGCCGCCAUGCAGGCCGUCGGCCGCUGCCGUGCUCAGGGCAUUGCCUUGACUGUUCGUGAUAUGCUGGAGUGUGCUGAUCUCGUCGACCUCGCCCGCCGCGCCCGCUUCAUCACGUCGGCCGUGCGCCGCGAUGACGACGUUGUCGAUGAUGGUGCGCCGUUCACCUUGUCGCCUAUCCAGCGCAUGCACCUCCGCGGCGGCGCUGCCGAGAACCACUUCAACCAGAGCUUCACCCUGCGCCUGGCCCGCCGCGUGGGUGCCGACGCCCUGUCCCGCGCUGUCGCCCAGGUGGUCGGCCGGCACGGCAUGCUGCGUGCGCGGUUCCGCCAGGAGGACGGCCAGGGCGCCUGGCACCAGGCUGUGGAGCCCGACGUCCAGGGCUCCUACCGCUUCGCAGUGCACGCGGGCCCGUCGUCUUCGGAGAUGGAGGACGCAGUUGCCCUCAGCCAGACCAGUCUUGACAUCCAGCGCGGGCCCGUCUUCUCCGUCGAUCUGUUCGAGUUGGACGGCGGCCAUGACGUCCUGUUCCUUGUUGUCCAUCAUCUCGCCAUCGACCUGGUGUCGUGGAGGAUCCUCGCCGAAGAUCUGGAGGAUGUGCUGACGCACGGCGUGCUGCAGAAGCCCCAAUCCAUGUCGUUCAGAUCCUGGGUCAAUGCUCAAGAGGAGUACAGCCUGAAAAACCAUACCCCUGAGGCCAUUCUUGCCCCGCCCGUGGACCAGUCGAUCGUCGACUACUGGGGCAUCUCUCCCGCUGAUAAUACUUUUGGCGCCGUUCAGUUUGAAAAGUUCACGCUGGACGACGAUACCUCUCUGUCGUUGCUGGAAGGCUGCCACGAGGCGCUGCGCACCGAGCCCGUCGACGUCAUGAUCUCGGCCCUCGUUUCCAGCUUCUCACGCGUCUUCCGUGACCGCGAGGGCCCGCACUUUAGCGUCGAAAGCCACGGCCGCGAGCCUUGGACGGCCGAUAUUGACAUCUCCAGAACUGUGGGCUGGUUCACCACCAUGUACCCCCUUCCAGGAACCACUUCGCCAGACGAUGAUCCGAUAGAAGUUCUCCGCCAGACAAAGGAUUCUCGGAGGACGGUGACGAAUAACGGCUGGGACCAUUUCACAGCGCGCCACAUGAAGAGGACUGAUGAUGGGCACCAGCAUGCACCCGAGACCGAGAUUCUGUUCAACUACACUGGCAAAUAUCAGCAGAUGGAGCGCUCUGACGCGCUACUGGUCCCGGCAGACAGGAUUGGAAAGUGGCAGGACGUGGCCCCGGGAAUGCUGCGGGAUGCGAUAUUCGACAUUUUGGUCUCGGUGGACCGCGGCAGUGUCACCUUCACCUUCGCCUUCAGCCAGGCCAUCAAGCAGCGCGAUGCCGUCCUCCGCUGGGCUAGAGACUGCGAGGCGCUGCUGAAGCAAAUGGUCCUGCGCCUGGAGGAAAUGGAGCCUGAGUACACCGUAAGCGAUUUCCCGCUACUACAAACGGACAGAGGCGCCUUGCAACGUCUGCUUUCCAAGGUCGAAGGUCCUAUCGAAGACAUCUACCCCUGUGCGCCCAUGCAGCAGGGCCUCCUCCUGAGCCAGCAGAAAGAAGACGGCGUGUACCGAUGCCUCACCGUCUGGGAAGUGACAGCAGAGAAUGCCGCUGUCGACCCGGAGCGGCUUCGCUCAGCAUGGCAGCGCGUCGUCGACCGCCACGCUGCCCUCCGCACAGUGCUGCUCGAGAGCGCCGCCGAGGACGGCACCUUUGUGCAGGUGGUCCUGCAACGCGUGGCUGCCAGCUCGCGUUUCGAGGCCACGGGCCGGUCGCGCGACGUCACGCUGCAGAGCCUCGUCGACGAGGAGCUCGACGAAACCGACGAGGCGAAGCCGCAGCAUCUACUCACGCUCGCAGCGGCCGACAACGGCACGCUCUUCUGCAAGCUCGAGAUCAACCACGCCCUGAUCGACGGGGCGACCAUGUCGGUUGUGCUGCGAGACCUGUGCCUCGCGUACGACGGCCGGCUGGCGCCAGGCCGCGGCCCGCUGUACAGCGACUACAUCAAACACCUGCAGAGCGUGAAGCCGGAAGAGCACCUGGAGCACUGGGCCACUUACCUGCACGGCGUGCAGCCGUGCUACUUCCCCGCGCUGCGGCAGCAGCAGCAGGGCAGUACGUCGGCGCGGCGCGAGCUGCUGAGCCAGUCGGUCGAGCUGCACGCGUCGGGCCGCGAGAUCCAGGACUUCUGCCAGACGGCGGGCGUGACGGUGGCCAUCCUGUUCCAGGUGGCGUGGAGCAUCCUGCUGCGCUGCUUCGCCGACACCGACGACGUGUGCUUCGGCUACCUCGCCGCCGGCCGCGACGUGCCCGUGGCCGGCGUCGACGACGCCGUCGGCCCGUUCAUUAACCUGCUGGCCUGCCGGCUGGACCUCACAGCGAGCGUGAGCGACGCCCUAGCAGCAGCACAGCGUGGCUUCCUGGACGCCAUCCCCCACCAGCACACGUCCGUCGCCGACGUGCAGCGCGCCCUGGGCGCGCCAGGCCGCGCGCUGUUCAACACGGCCAUCUCGGUGCAGCGCGAGCAAGCGGCGGCAGAGCCCGGCGCGCUGCGCUUCACGGCCUCCCAUUACUACGACCCGACCGAGUUCGACGUGUCGCUCGCCGUCGCGGUGCAGGCCGACGGCGCCCUGGCUCUCAGCCUGGACUACUGGACCACGCACCUGUCGUCCGCGCAGGCCGCCGGCGUCGCCAGCACCUUGGCGACCAUCGUGCAGCGCAUCACCGAGGGCGUCGACACGCCCGUCGCCGCGCUGGACCUGUUCAGCGCCGAGGACGCGCAGCGGGUGGCGCGGUGGAACGCAAAGCUGCCGGAGGCGAACGACGCGUGCGUGCACCGACUCUUCGAGCAGCAAGCGGCGGCCCGCGGCGACGCGCCCGCGAUCGAGGCGUGGGACUGCAAUCUGAGCUUCCGCGAGCUGGACGCGCUGGCGAGCGCGCUGGCGCUGCACCUGGUGCGCGAGUGCGGCGUGGGGCCGGAAACAAUCGUGCCGUUCGCAUUCGAGAAGAGCGGAUGGGCGCUGGUGGCGGUGCUGGCGGUGUUGAAGGCGGGCGGCGCCUGCGUCGCGCUCGACGUGAAGCUGCCCGCGGCCCGCCGCCGCCAGAUCCUCGCCCAGACGGCGGCCCGAGUCGCCGUAGCGUCGCCGAGUGCGGCCGCGGUGCUGGAGCGCGACCACGCCGAGCUGCGCGUCGUGGCAGCCGACGCAGCCUUCCUGCACGCGCUCCCCGCGGCGCCCGCACACGCGCUGCCCGACGCCGUGCGGCCGCACAACCUCGCCUGGCUCGUCUUCACGUCCGGCAGCACCGGCACGCCCAAGGGCAUCAUGCUGGAGCACCGCGCGCUGGCCACGGGCUGCCGGGCGCACGGCGCGGCGCAGUUCUUCGGGCCCGAGACGCGCGCGCUGCAGUUCGCCGCGUACACGUUCGACCAGGUCAUCGAGGAGGCGCUGACGCCGCUGCUGUUCGGCGGCGUCGUGUGCGUGCCGUCCGACGACGAGCGCAUGAACCACCUGGCCGCCGCCAUCCGCAGGUACCGCUGCAACUGGGCCGACCUCACGCCCACCGUCGUCGGCGACUUCCUCUCGCCCGCCGACGCGCCGUCGCUGCGUAUUCUAUCUAUGGGCGGCGAGGCGGUGCGCCAGGACACGGUCGACGCCUGGGCCGACAGCGUGCUGCUCAUCAAUGGCUACGGGCCCGCCGAGUGCACUGUUGUGUCUACUAUUAUGGUCGGCCUGGGCCGCGUCGCCGACUCGUCGAAUAUCGGCUUCGGCGUCGGCUGCCGCACCUGGGUCGUGGUGCCGGGCCACCCGGACCGGCUCGCGCCCGUCGGCACCAUCGGCGAGCUGCUCAUCGAGGGCCCCAUCGUCGGCCGCGGCUACCUGCACGAUCCCGAGCGCACCCAGCGCUCCUUCGUCGACCUACCCGCCUCCUGGCCGGUGCCGGUGCCCGGCCUCGGCAGCGGACGGGCGUACGCGACGGGCGACCUGGUGCGCUACAACGACGACGGCUCGCUCGCCUUCGUCGGCCGCCGCGACGCCCAGCACAAGCUGCACGGCCAGCGCGUCGAGAUGGCCGAGAUCGAGCACCACGCGCGCGCCGCCGCGCCGCCGGGCUUGCCGCUGGCCGUCGAGGUCAUCCGCCGCGGCGGCCAGCAGCAGCUCGCCGCCUUUCUGGCGCCGUCCGCCGCCGAGGAGCUACCCGCCGAGCGCCUCGCCGCGCUGCGCAGCGCCCUCGCCGACGCGCUGCCGCAGUACAUGGUGCCGUCGCUAUACGUGUGCGUCCCGCAGCUGCCAAUGACGUCGUCGGGCAAGGUCGACCGCCGCGCGCUGCGGGACGUCGGCGCCCAGCUGUCCGCCGACGAUGUCGCGCGCGCCUCGCUGGCCGACGCCGCGAAGCUGCAGCCCACGACCGACACGGAGCGGCUGCUGCGCGCCGGCUGGGCCGCCGCGCUGGCCAUGCCUGAGAGCCUCAUCGGCGUCGACGACAACUUCUUCCGUCUGGGCGGCGACUCGGUCGCGGCCAUGCGGCUGGUCGCCCACUGUCGCCGGGCCGCCGGCCUGGCGCUGACCGUCGCCCAGGUCUUCUCCGCCCCGGUGCUGCGCCGCAUGGCCGCUCUGGCGGCGCCGCUGCCGCUUGCUGCCGUUGCUUCGAGGCGGGCGUCCCCGUUCGAGCUCGUCCAGGAGCGCGAGCACGCCGUCAGCCUGGCGGCCUCUCAGUGCGGCGUCCCGCGCGACGCCAUCAAGGACAUUUAUCCCUGCACGCCGCUUCAAGAGGGGCUGAUUGCCGCCUCGAACAGGCAGCCGGGCGCGUACGUCGGCCGCAUGGUCUUCUCCCUGGCGGGCGGCAUUGAUAUCACGCGCUUCCGCUCCGCGUGGGAGACGGUCGUGGCCGAGACGCCCAUUUUGCGCACGCGCGUCGUGCAGGCCGCCUCUGGUGGCGCACUCCUGCAGGUGGUGGUGGAUGAGGCUCUGGAGUGGAAGACGUACAGCGACGUGGACAACAGCGAGCUGGACAUCUCCUACGGGCGGCCCCUGCAUCAACUUGCUCUCAGUCAUGACUGCAAGACGGCCACCUGGAUCUGCCACCACGCCUUGUAUGAUGGAUGGACCCUCCCGCAGCUGCUGGACCGUAUCGAGCAGGCGUACCGCGGCACGCCCCGUGCCCUGCCCGCUAGCUCAUUUGCAGACUUCAUCAAACAUCUCAAUGGAGCGCCUUCGGCCCAGGCGGACGAGUUCUGGAGCUCUGCUUUGGCCGGCGCUCCUGCCACGCAGUUCCCAGCGCCCACGGUGGAUGCCCACAAAGACACUCGGGCACAAGUCGUAAGCCGCCUUGUGCAAUGGGACGUUGCUUCAGAUCUCGGCAUAACCGCACAGACGCUGUUGCGGGCGGCGUGGGCCCUUGUGGUCUCGCAGCAUGUCGGCGAGGACGAUGUUGUCUUUGGCAUGGCAUUAUCAGGGCGCUCCGCUUCUGUUGAUGACAUUGCCGAUGUCCUUGGGCCCACCAUCACCACAAUCCCCGUCCGAGUCCGCCCGGACCCCCGGUUGACCAUCGCCGAGUACCUGCAGCAGACUCAGGAUGAUUCUGUCAAGGCCAUGCCCUUCGAGCACUCGGGCUUGCAGCAGAUUGCCUCGCUCAACCAGAACCUCCGAAACAUCUGUGACUUCCAGAACCUCCUUGUUGUGCAGCCUGAAGACGAAUCGAAGCUUGACCCAGAAAUAUGGACUCUGGCCGGUACGACGGCGGACACGGACGCGUUCCACACGUAUCCCCUGGUCGUUGAAUGCGGUCUGCAUCCCCGCGAGCUUUCCAUCUCGGCCAAGUUCAAGCCCAGCGCCGUACCCUCCCCCCAGAUGCACAGGAUUCUUGGUCAGUUUGAGCAGUGCUUGCACCAGCUGAACCAGGCAGACAAAUCCAUCAAGCUCCAAGACCUCAACUUGCUGAGCCCCGGAGACCAUGCCGAGAUUGUCGCGUGGAAUAGUCAAGAUCUAUCAGCUGCAGACACGUGCGUCCAUUCGCUGGUUUCCGACCAAGUCCUUCUUCGCGGAUCUGCUCCCGCGCUGGAAUCCACGUGGGAGGGAACCCUCAGCUACACCGAGUUGGACCAUCUUUCAAGCCGCUUGGCCGUCUACCUGGCUGAGGCAGGAGUAACGCCCGGGAUGCUGGUGCCCUUGGUCCUCCACAAAUCCAUCUAUGCCGUCGUCGUUCAGCUAGCGGUGCUGCGAGCUGGCGGUGCCUGCGUUCCUCUCGACGCGUCGCAUCCGAUAGGCCGCCUGCAGGAAAUCGUGUCCGACUGCAGCGCUGAACUUGUUUUGGCCGACACGAAGAGCGCAGAGAAACUGGCCUCUAUUGCUCAAAAGACGGUCAUCAUUGAUGCGGAGAUGCUACGCGCACUUCCGCAGAGCUCGGCCGCUUCGCUACCCUACGCCAUCGACCCGACCCAACCCGCGUUUGUGGUGUUUUCGUCCGGCAGCACCGGAAAACCCAAAGGCUCGCUCCUCUCCCACCGAGCUCUCUGCUCCAGCAUCUGCGCCUACAAAGACAUGGCCCGGCUCGGUCCGACCUCGCGCGUGGUGCAGUUCUCAAACUUCAACUUCGACAUGAGCAUCGGAGACAUCUUCGCUACAUUGAUGAGCGGAGGCUGCAUAUGCAUGCCGUCAGAAGAUGAGCGGGUGGACGACCUGGGCGACUACAUCACCAAGAUGAACGUCAACUGGGCAUACCUGACGCCCACCGUGGCCAACCUGCUCAGCCCAUCGUCGGUCCCAACGCUGCAGACGCUGCUCUGUGGAGGAGAGGCCCUCAACCAGGAUCUUGUGGCGCGGUGGGCUGGUCAGCUGCAUCUUGUCGAGCUCUACGGGCCAUCGGAGACGACCAUUCUGUGCACGCUGAAUGCGCUGCAACCGGACUCGGACUGCCGCAACUUGGGCAAGGGACUGGCGGCGGUUCACACGUGGAUUGCAGACCCGUCUGAUCCCAACAAGCUCUGCUCGAUUGGAUGCACCGGCGAGCUUCUCAUCGAGGGGCCUGUGCUCGCCAACGGUUACCUCAACAUGCCCGAAAAAACCAACGAGUCGUUCCUGUGGACGCCGGACUGGAUGAAGGAGCUGGGCCGCACGGGACGCGUCUACAGGUCGGGUGAUCUCGUCCGCUACGAGGCUGACGGCUCUCUCCGAACCAUGGGGCGGCAGGACGGCCAGGUGAAACUACACGGACAAAGGCUUGAGACUGCCGAGGUCGAGCACCAUCUGCGCCAACAGAUUCCCGGGGCGGACCGCAUCACCGUGGCCGUGAUAUCUCGAGCCACGCACCAGAUGCUAGCAGCCUUCAUCUGCGAUCCCAGCUGUGGAGAAUCGGCAAUCGAGGGAACGGGCGAUGUUAUCGUCGAACUGCCGCAGGCGCUCAAGGCCUCGCUCAAGAAGGUUGAUGCGGCUUUGUCACGUUCGCUUCCUCGCUACAUGAUCCCAUCGCUGUAUUUUGCGGUGCGCGAGCUGCCUCUCACAGCCAACGGAAAGCUCGACCGCAAGAAAUUGGUGAGAGCCGUUGAAGCCUUGCCCGACCACGUUCUCUCCGGCUCCUCGGCCAGCGGCCAGCCGAAGACUCCGCCAACGACAGCCAUGGAGAAGAGGAUCCAACGCCACUGGGCGCAGCUGCUGGGUCUCCAGCCUGAACGGAUUGGCGUCGAUGACAGCUUCUUAGGCAUGGGAGGCGACUCAAUCAUUGCCAUGCGCCUGGCACACGCCCUCAAAGCUGAAGGUGUAUUGAUCUCCGUCUCUCAGAUCCUCACGAAUCCCGUGCUCAGCGACAUGAGCAAGGCUGCAGUGUCGGCAGACGAGAGUGCUCCCGAAGUACGCGAAUACGUGCCGUUCUCGGCGCUUCCGCAAGAGCAGAUGGACCAGUUCGUGGACAAGAUCGUCGCUCCGCACGUGGGUGUCUCGCGGGAGCAAAUCGCCGACGUCGCAUGGGCAACAGACUACCAGUCCUGGACAUACGCCUCCAACCAGCUCCAGCACCGCGGCUACCUCAACUACCUCCUCCUCCGCUUCCAGGGCGGCGCCAUCGACGUGCCGCGCAUGCAGCAGGCCUGCCGUGCCCUCGUCGCCCGCCACGCCAUCCUGCGGACAACCUUCCUCGCACACAAGCAGCGCACCUGGGCCGUGGUCCUCAAAGACACGAUGCAGCAGCCGGUCGUCCUCCACCACGUCAAGCUGCCCGAGGGCGUCGACGCGGACAGCUACCUGCUCGACCGCCACGAGGCCAUCCAGACGCGCAUGGGCGCCACCAACACCGUCGCGUUCACCCUCCUCGAGCACCACGCCAACGCCAACGCCAACGGGACGCCGCCGCAGCAGCAGCACACGCUAGCCUUCCGCCUCAGCCACGCCCAGUACGACGGGCUGGGCAUCCCGCUGCUGAUCCGCGACCUCAAAGCCGCCUACGAGAACAACGAACUACCCUCCUCACGCGGGCCUACAUGCAGCUUCUCGGCCUUCGUCCACUCGCAGCACCCCGCGCCCGACAACGCCAGCCUGCGCUUCUGGCGCGACACACUCGCCGGCGCGGCCAUGACGCCCAUCCUCCCCCACCGCCAGCCGCCCACGCGCAACCGCGUCGACCAGUCCGUCGUGCGCGAGGUCCGCGCCGCGCCGGCCGCCCUGCAGGCCCGCGGCGUCACCUUCGCGACGGUGCUGAAGGCCGCGUGGGGGGUCGUGCUCGCCGCGCUGUCUGCGUCGUCUUCCUCUACCGCCGAGUGGGACGUCGUCUUCGGCAACACCGUAUCCGGCCGCAGCAGCAGUAGCGCUCCUGGUGUCGACCAGCUGCCCGGCCCGUGCAUCAACCUCAUCCCCGUCCGCGUGCGCGUCCGCCCGCGCGAAGACACCGUCGCGGCGCUGCUGGCGCGCGUGCACGCCGCGUACGCCGCUGCGCUGCCGCAUGAGCACGUUGGACUGCGCGAGAUCGUCGAGCGGUGCACUGAUGGCGAUUGGCCGCUGUGGACGCGGUUUAGUUCUAUGGUUACGCAUGAGAACUUGCAUGACGACGAUCACGACGACGACGAUGGGGAGUGGUCGGCUGGUGCGGGGGCGGGGAGAACGAGGUGCGAAUUGGACAUCGUCGUCCCGCCGCAUGAUCGUGCUGAUGUGUGGGUGUGGUCGUACCCUGAUCAGGAUGGCGAGCGCGUCACUAUCGAUCUGACGUACGGCGACGCGACGAUGACGCGGGCGCAGGCUGAGGCCGUGGCGGAUCUGCUGGUGCAGACGAUCGAGGCGCUGACGAGGGCGGAUGGCGCGGAGGUGUUGGCGGAUGUCUUGCCUAGGCCGUCGGGUGCGGCGCCGAGGUUUCCGCUGCUGGAGGCGGCGGCGUGUGCUAGUAGUGGUACUGAGACGACUGUGGGUGUAGAAGGCGGGCAGGCUGGUGGUGACCUCCAGUCGCGGCGCCGCGCUGCAGAGGAGGUGGUGAAGCGUGCUUGGGAUUUCGUCCUGGGUGAUAGUGCCGGCAACGCUGACUUCGAUCCGGACACGCCGUUUUACGACGUUUGGGGUGAUCAGGCGGCUGCUGCGCAGCUGUCGACGUUGUAUCGGAGGGAGGGCUUUGAUGUUGGGAUGGAGGAGCUGAUCGAUCGGCCGAGAAUGCGGGAGCAAGUCGAGCUGUUGUCGUCCAUGUAG